AUGGCGGACGCUGCAGCUGAAGAUGACAGCCGCGCGCAGAAACGCAGCCAUGCAGAGUAUGCACAGCAGGAUGAUUCAGAUUCUUCAUCCGACGAUGAUAUGGGACCGCAGCUUCCCACCGAGGCCCCUAAGAAAAAGCGCCGCGUCCUGCCUUACGAAAAGCUAUACAUCUCUGCGCUACCCAAGUCCGCUCGAUAUUCGAAGUCAUUGAUGCACAAGGAGCAGGUGCUCUUCACUACAUGGACCCCUCUGACCGAGUUCCUAAUAACAUCGUCUACCGAUGGCGUUGUCAAGUUCUGGAAGAAGAUUGGAGAAGGCAUUGAAUUUGUGAAGCAGUUCAAGGCGCACAAUGGCAUGAUCACGUCAGUCUCGGUCAGUCGAGACGGACGAAGCUUUGCAACCGCCGGCGACGACGAAACGAUCAAGAUUUUCGACGUCAUCACGUUUGACCUGCUUUCGAUGAUUACCUUGAAAUAUGUACCCAAGUGCGUCUGCUGGGUUCACAAAAAGGGAGCCUCGUUUCCUCUAUUAGCUGUGUCGGAGGAAGCCAAGCCAUUGAUCCACCUGUACGACGGCCGCGGUGAACGAGAAGACGCGAUUCAUACCAUCAAAGGCUUGCAUAGAAGCCCGGUACAUCUAAUGGCGUAUAAUGACGAGUACGACUGCGUUGUCUCAGCGGACGAGAACGGCAUGAUCGAAUACUGGCAGCCUAGCGACAACUACGAGAAGCCAAGCAGCGUCUUCGAGUACAAGAGCUCAACGAAUCUUUUUGACUUCAAAAAGGCCAAGUCCGUACCAACAUGCCUUACAAUAUCACCAAACGGGAAAAGCUUAGCCGCCUUCUCAUUGCCAGAUCGCAAAAUUCGAAUCUUUGACUUUGCAUCGGCCAAAUUGCAAAAAACUUACGAUGAAUCGCUCGAAGUGGCCGAGGAUAUGCAACGGUCGGGCAUUUCGGCACAAAAGAUUGACAAUGUGGAGUUUGGUAGACGCUUGGCUCAAGAGCGAGAGAUUGAAUCACAGACUCUGAAAAAUAAGUCGAAUAUCAUAUUUGACGAAUCGGGGAACUUUAUCCUCUAUGGUACCAUGGUUGGGAUCAAAGUUCUUAACACAUUUACAAACCAAGUCGUCAAAGUGUAUGGCAAGGAUGAAAACUUUCGUGCUGUGAAUCUGGGCAUGUACCAGGGGCAGCCACAGAAGAAGGGAAUAGUGUCUGUGGAGAUGGGUGCUUCAAGCAACCCUCUUCUACAAGAAUCAGAAGCUCGGGAUCCGAUUCUUAUCGCUACAGGUGUGGGCAAACUCCGAUUCUACAUGUUCACGAAUGAAGAAGAGAUUAGUAAGUCGACACGAGACGUUCAAAACGAGAAGCCCACUGUGCUAGGAGGCAAGGACAAAGCGCAAGCUGCCAAAAAGGCAGAAACAGGAAACGCUGCCAUCCUGCAUACUACAUAUGGUGAUAUUCAUAUUCGUCUAUUCCCCGACGCUGCGCCCAAGGCGGUGGAGAACUUUGUUACACACGCAAAGCGCGGGUACUACAACAACACAAUAUUCCAUCGUGUGAUACGCAAGUUUAUGAUACAAGGAGGUGACCCCCUUGGCGAUGGCACCGGCGGUGAGAGUAUCUGGGGACGAGACUUUGAGGAUGAGUUUAGCAGCUUGAAACACGACAAGCCGUACACAGUGAGCAUGGCGAAUGCAGGCCCGAAUACGAAUGCCAGUCAGUUCUUUAUUACGACGGAGAAGACACCGUGGUUGGAUGGGAAGCACACAAUUUUCGGGCGUGCGACGCAAGGCUUGGAUGUGAUUCAUAAAAUCGAGAAUACGAGGACGCACAAGGAGAAACCGGAGGAAGAUAUCAAGAUUCUCAACAUUGAUGUUAUGUGA